GGGAUGGAAUAGACCGGUCGAUGUGUAGUGAUUAAAUAAGGGGAUGUGCUUGUUUUUUCUUGUCAGGGAACUUGAAAAGAAGAGGCUGUCAUGAUGCCUGAGACAAGCGGCGCAUCGGGUGCACCUAAGAAGGGCUUGACGCUCGAUGACCUCAUCGCGGCCAUCGACCGGCAUGAAAGGAAUCCAAGCAAUAUCCCCAAGGUCGAUACCUUCCAUUUUUGUGGGGAAAGAGUCUCAGAAUGGCUGGAGCGGGUGGAACAAGCUCUGGUCGGGUGGUCGGACGUUGUAAAGUUUCAACGCAUCCUUCAGUAUGUCCUCCACAGCUACCACCCAGAAGUGAAGAAAGUUAUAGAUGCAACCCAAGGUAGCUGGGAAAGAUUCAAAGAGGGAAUGCAAAGGAAGUACCGCCUGGGAGAUGGACUAUUGACCACUGCAGACCUUGAGGCAAUGAACAAGGAGGCUUUUACGACGAUAGGGGCUUUUGUCCAAGAGUUCAAGAAGAGGGCGCGGAAGGUCCAUGGGAUUUCGGAGGAGGUACAGUGCGCCAUCUUCCUGGGGCUACUCACGGCAUCGGAGACCGUCGAGCUGACGAGACAUAGAAGGGGUAGCACCAAGCUCACCUGGGCCACCAUUGACAGAGGGGUGGAAGUUGGAUGUUUGGACCAGGUGGAGCAACGUCAGACCCAGCCUAUGGCCCCGCCGCCGUUACCCGCUCCCAGUUCACAGGGAAGCGUGGCUGGAGGUGGGAACCAGGGGCAGGGCAAUCAAGGCAACGGUGGACGGGGUGGAGGAAGAGGGCGAGGCAGGAAUGGCGGCGGACGAGGAGGACAAUGGAAUGGUCAAGACCGGGGAAACCAAGGCCAAGGGAACCAAGGCCAAGGGUAUCGAGGCCAGGGGAACCAAGGUCAGGGGGAUCAAGGAAGUCAGGGAUACGGAAGGCCCCGUUUUGAUUGGAGGUCGGCCAUCUGCCAGCAUUGUGACCAGCAGGGCCACACUAUAAGGUUCUGUAACAUAAGGCGGGAGGACGAGAAAAGCGGGCUGAUUACCUCCACUAUGGACGGGAACAUCUAUGACCAAUUAGGGGAGUUCAUCGACAAAAGGCUCGGGGGAGUGAGGGCAGAAGCCCAGCGAAGGGCGGCAGCCGGGCCGCUACCUCCUGCCACAUUCAGACUAUGGCAGGAGAAGAAAGGACCAUCGGUGGGGAUAGAGGGGUUCAGAUUAUGGCAGGAAAAGGAAGAACCACUGGUUGGGGUAGAGGAAGUGGGGAGCUACGAGGAAGUAACUCAAAAGUCGCGAGGGGGAAGCGAGGGGGAAGAGCCCAUAGUCACCGAAUCGGACGACGAGGAUGAGGAAAGAAGGAUGGAGCCAUCGUUCGUCUUAUUGGGGAAGAUGGAGGAAUUACUGGACAAGGUGGGAAGGUACCAACAGAAGUUGGUGGCCCUCUGUGAGGAAGUGAGGGAAUGGAAGUCUAGCAUCCCCAAGGUGUUCCUAUAUGACUCCGACCCGGAAUCAACGCUUGGGCGAGCCGGAGUAAACGUGGUAGGGUCAAGCCCACAACCGGGGGUGAUGGGGAGACCCCUCACCCGGCAGGCCCGGCUGGCACAGGCGGCGCGAAUAAGGAAUCAAGCCAAGGCCAGUGCCAGCCAAGAACCUCCCAGGAGGGAGCCCGAACCAGGAAGGAGGAAAGAGGUCGUGGAAAUGGAGGAUGACGAUGAUGAGGAGGAAGAAGAUGAGAGGCUGCGCCGAGAAGAGGAUCAGAGGGCAGAGCAGCGGGCAAGGAAAAAGGGGACCAGGGGAGAGGCCGAGUCGGUCAUACGUGACGGACCACCUAAAAAGAAGAAAUACGCGGUUCGGUUGGAAGAGGGGUUUGACGUAGAGAAAGUGAUUGACCGGCUGCUGGAAGGGCAUAAUGACUUCAUGACCCUGAAGGAAAUCCUAGCGUCGGCCCCGCGACUCCGCGAUGAACUAAAAGGGAGAUUGUCGCGGCGCUUGGUGUCCAACGUCCAUCUAGGUACGAUCUUGCCCAAGGAGACAGAGUGGGCGGAAUCGGGCACAAAAAUGGAUUGGAAGUGCGUGGUCUGCGGCACGGUGGAUUUGGUGGUGAAGGGUUCCAAGUGCGCAGCCAUGGUGGACACGGGAGCUGAAAAGAACAUCAUCCGGGAGGCCGAUGCAAUCAAGUUUGGACUGGAUAUAGACCGAUCUGAUUGCGGGAUUCUGCAUGGGGCCAGCUGCAAGGCCGUGUUUUGUGGGACAGUCUCGAACGUGCUCAUCGAGGUUGAAAAGGAAAGCCCCGACCAGUCAGGCUCGUUGAACCCGGCAGGGAAUGUGGACGAAGUGUCCGAAAGCCAGGACGACGAGUUCGAGGAGGGGGAGAUUAAGGAGGCUUUUCGUGCAGAGGAGUAUGACGGGAUCUACCUAGAGCUGAGGCUUCUUCUGUCAUAUGAAAUACGGCUAAGGGAUGCAAGCGCUAGGGCUCAGAGAAUGCUGCAGCGCUACUUAGUGCGAGACGGUCACCUUUUCGUGAGAAGAGAAUGGGGAAUCCCAGGAGCGUCGUUUGCGGUAGGAAUCGUCAUAUCGACGUUGUGGCAGCGUUUCACGAUGGCAUUGCAGGAGGGCAUCGAGGGGUCUGACUUUCCGAAGACAGUCAUGCCAAGAGGUGGGAGGGGGACACGGCCGCCUCGGAGGGCGUUGGGAGCAUCAGGAGGAUAUGAGCGGUAUGGGCCUCACCAUCGAGAGAGUACUCCGGUGUACGAUGAUGGCGACAUCGAGCUAUUCCUGGACAGCUUUUGGGAUCAUGCGAGGCGUAUGAGCUGGACCGUGGCCCACGCGAUUGAGAGAUUGAGGGGAGCAGGCAAGUUCGAGGAGCCCGUUGCGAGGAUCCGUAGGGAAGCGACGACGAGAUCAGAGGUGGAGUGGAGGAUGCAGGAGCUGCGACCCUCGCCUGUGGGACCUGAUGGCAGGCCGAUCCGCCUGGAGAUUGGAAAUGCGUCGGACUUCAUCCCCGCGUUUGAGUGGUUCAUGCAGGGGCAGGGUAUACCGAGAGAUGAUUGGAUGCAGACACUACCACUCUGGACCAGGAAGGCGGAAAGGCCACUGGCUAGCCAGGUCAGAGACAUGGCCCGGGACUGGGAGAGCUGCAAGGCGCAUCUGAGAGAGGCCUUUCGACGUCCGGAGCCCCCUCAGCCCAGAGUUGAGAGGCGUCAGAGGAGUCAAAGGCAGAGGGACCCUGAGACUAGGGAGGUGCGACCAUCUCGAGUAGGACGGAAGGCCCUAGCUAGGAGAGAAACGGAGCCGGAGCCAGAGGUUGAGGAGCGAGGGGCGUACCCUGAGUGUGGGUUGGGACCAGUGGAGUUCCUCCGAUUUACCGCGGGAGGAUUGAGGAGGAGGUCGCCAGCGCGUGCACAGGAGGAGCCAUCAGCAUCUGAGGGGCCCUUGAGGGAUUGGAGACGCAUUUGGAUAUCUCUCGGUGGAGGGCGUCGCCUCGGGGUGAGGAACCUGGAGGAGCCAGCACCUGCAGAGCCACGCAAGGAGCCGUGCCGACCCGAGAAGGAGAUGGAGGCAGAGAUCCCAAAGAGGGUUGACCUCCGCACGAGGGAAAGGGCGUCAGUUGGAGAGACAGCAGAGGAAAAGAGGGCGAGAAGAACCAGGAGGAUAGACGAGAUAUGGCAAGAGAGACAGAGGUUGGAGGCAGCGUGGGAGCUUCCGGAGCAGCAGCAGGAGAGGCAGAGAUCGGAGGCAGCAGGAGCACUCCCAGGGAAGAAGAUGAAGGAAGUCGGCCAUGGAGUACGCCUGGAGGCUAUGGAGGUGGAAAUCCAAGAGCUAAGGGCAUUGGUGGCCAGUCAGGCAGCCAUCAUCGAGAGCCUGAGGCAGCAAUCUCAGGGAGAAGUGGACAAGCCAGAGAGCAGCCAGCAGGGGGAACAGAGGCAGGCAGGGCAUGAGUCAACAGAGCAACCUGCAGCAGAGCAGCCACGCCAGAGAUCGCCCAUGGGGAGAGUCAUCAUGGAGCCAGAGGAGGCAGAGGCCAAGAGGGAAGCAGAGAGAAGAGCUUUUGAGUUUAGGACUCCUACAGAGCUCAGCACUCUGCCUAUUAUGCCCGCAGAGCCUGUUUUGCCCAUACCAGUUGAGGAGGUUUUGCCAGCGAUUAGCAGUGGGCCGGCUCAGGGCUCAGCUGGAGAGUCCAUGGAUGUACUCUUAGAGGCGAUAGAUACCAUGCAGGAGGAGGCGAGCUUGUUCUCACCUGAGCAGAGAUUGGACGAGCUUCUGGAGAGUGCAUUGAGAUUUGAGACCAGGGAUGCUGCUGAGGGCAGGCCACAGAGAUUGGACCCACCUGAGUAUAGGCCAGAGGGGGUUGGGAUUCGAUCGCAGUCGAGUACUCAGGAGUUGGAGAGGAAGCCUGAGGGGCCCUCGGACUUGCCUUUGAGUUUUGAGCUGAGCAGGGAGGCUAGCGAGGCACCAUCCUCGCCUGGAUCUCAAAUGGGGAAGAAGAAAGGAAAAAAGAGGCAUGAUGAUUCCUGCUUCUAUUGUAAGAAGGAAGGUCACAGAGCAUGGGAUUGUCCUAAGUUCCAGAAGAAUGAGGCCGAUGGGAAAGUGACUAGAAGGAAUGGGAAGAUGUACGAUAGGCAGGGGAGAGUAGUAGAGAGAUCUCAAGAUGGAGGUAGGGCUCAAUUGUAUAGGCAGAACCAGGAGGAGAUGAGUGAGUAGGGCUGGCCUACCUAUAUGAUUGACAUGUUGUACAUAGGAUCUGAGUUUAGAAUGGAGUGUCAUCUUUUAGAUU